AUGUUAUGCAAAAACAAAUUGUACAGAAGAGUACUUGUUAGCAACGUCGGACGGAAACUCAUAAUACAUCGUAAAUUGAAUACAUAUGGCUAUAUAAAUUUCACAGUUGUGAGUAAUUCAGCACAUAUCCCAAACAGUAAAUUUCAAUACAUAAUAGGACCCAAUCUCUUAAGUGAUGGUUAUGAAAGAGGACACAAUUAUUUCCUACCAGCAGAAGAUUAUAAGCAACCCUUUCAGCCGAAGGAUCAACAUAAUCAGAGAUCAUACCAAAUGUUACAGGUAAAUUUAAAGGAUCAUUGGUCUAGCUAUGAAAUUGCUAAGAAGAAUUCUGAUUCAUUCUGUUCGUUCAAGAAUGUGGAAUUAUUAUCGACCUGUACACCUCCUACACUACUCGAUCAGUGGACGGGAAUUUUUGAUGGAGCACAAUCGUUAUCUUUGGACCCUCUUAACAUUAAUAGUCAUAGAAUAGCAUCGGUUAUACAAUUAUUCUGUUUAGAAAACAUCAAACAAGUCGAAAUAAAAUUUUCUUGCAACUACACUAGAACUGGGAUAUUAAAUUUGUUGAAGGCAAUGCCCAAUAUAAAAGUACUAGUUUUUCAAAAUGUGGAGCACGUUAGUUUGAGCACAACUGUUCAGUAUGCCUUUGUAAAAUUUCCUAACUAUCCGCUUCGCAAGUUUUCGCUAGACGUUUUAGAUACUGUCACAUUAAGUAAUAGCAAGCUCGGUUUUUAUGUCAAAGAAUUGCUAAGCUGCUGGGGAUCGAAUCUUGAACUUCUCAGGAUUAACAAAGUGAGCUAUGAGAAUAGGACAACAUUAUUAACCGUUGAUAUAUUUUAUGAACAAGAAGAUGUUUGUGAGGAGCUUAAGGAAGAGAUUAAGGAUUUAGUGGAGUGGAUAAACACAAAUAUUAGGUACUACCCAAGGCUAAAAUACUUUGCUUAUUAUAGUUAUCAGUUUUUAAUAGAUAGAGAUGUAGAGCCAUGCCAGUGGAUUGAAUUGAGUGGCAAAGAGUGGUAA